AUGGAGCCGGAGGGGGAGGCCUGGGGGGGGCAGCAAGCCCGGCCCCGCCGGCCCCUGGGGCUGCUGGAGCCAGCACCCACCUGCGGUCGGGACCCUCCGGCCUGUAAGAUGAUGAGCGUGGAAAUAAAAGAGGGGCGGGCAGGCGCCCGCGCAGUGCGUGAGCCCCGCCCCCCGGGGCUGACGCCGGCUGCGGGCGGGUUGGAGCUGGGCGCUCGCCCCCGCGCCGCCAUUUUGCGCCGCCGCCCGCAGCAGGAUGGAGUCGAUCGCCCGAACGAAGCUGUCCGCCGCCGGCCGCGCCCACCGACCCGCUACCGCACCACGGAGCGCCGCUCCGCAGGUCCGACCGCACCGCUGGGAACGCUGAAGAGCCUCCUCUGCCCGCCGCCGCCUAUGGAGCCGAGCGGCCGGGAACGCGCCGGCCCCGGCUUGGGGUGGGCCCGGCUGGGCUUCGCCGCCGCCUGGCCUAAGCUGGCCGGGCCCGGCGCGGCCCCCGGCGGCGCCUCGCCCCAGGCGAGCCCGCCCUUCUCGUGGCUGCGGAUGGUGUCGCAGCUGCUCUCCCCGCUGCCCGCCCUGCUGCAGCGGCUGCUGCCCGGCCCCGCGCUCAGCAGCGCCCUGUGCCCCGCCGCCGGCCCCGCCAGGGCCGCCCAGGCGGCGCCGUCCCUGCUGCUGCUCUCCGAGUCUGCCGCCUCGCUGGACUGGGCCGAAGAGACGCUGCCCUGGCCGGAGGAGCCCCCGGGAAAGGGGCGAGAAGGGGGCGCGGAGGGCCCGCGGAGGAGCCUGGCGGCCGUCCCCGCCCCGCCUGCCUGCGCGCCGAGCCCGCAGCGCCGCCCGGCCGCCCGCUUCGCCCGGAGCCAUCUGCCGCAGCCCCUGCGGGCCGAGGGCCCGGCGCAGGCCUGGCCGGGAGGCCUGCCGGAGGUGGAGUUUCUCCGCAGCAAGCGUUUGGCUUUCCUCCAGCAGUGGCCUUUGGCGAGCGCCGGCCUGGCCGUGCCGGAGCCCGACCACGGCUACCACAGCCUGGAGGAGGAGCAGCAGCACCGGGAGGGCGUUCGCCGAGGGGAGGGAGCGGGACGGAGAGAGCAGCGCUGCGAUGCCGGCGAGGCGAAGGCGCCCGAGGAGCCGAACGAGCCCGGGGGAGAAGCUGGAGGUGGUGCCCUGGAGGGGCAGGAGGCGAUGCGGAGCUCGGCGGAGGAGGGAGCGCUGGAGGGGGAAGCCUUGACCGAGGAGGAGGAGGAGGACUCCGAACUAGAGCAAAACCUCCCCACUUCAGCCAGACCUGCCUGCGCGAAUAAAUUAAUAGACUAUAUCAUAGGGGGAGUUUCGAGUGGGGAGGAGGAGAGUGCGGACGAGGAGGAAGAUUGGGAUGAUGAUGAUGAUGGCUUUGAUAGCGAAGGGCUGCCCUCGGAUUCGGAGGCCGGCAGCCAGGACGGGGAAAGGCUUCACCUCUGGAAUUCCUUCUACAGCUUGGAUCCCUACAACCCUCAGAACUUCACAGCCACCAUCCAGACAUCAUCCAGCGAGCCGGGGAAGGAUAUGUCGGACGUAGAAGAAGAGGAGGAGGAGGAGGAAGAUUCUUCGUGGGCAGAAGAGUCCUCGGGCUCCUCUCAGUCUGGCUCGGAGGAGGAGGAGGAGGAGGAGUGGGACUGCAGCAGUGUGGAUGAGGCGGAAAGCUUGAAACUUUGGAACUCAUUCUGUGCCUCGGAUGACCCUUACAACCCUUUCAACUUCAAGGCAGCCUUUCAGACGGCGGAGAAGAAGGGGAAGGGAGCAGAGAGGCCGAGCCUGGUCACUUCUGAGCGCGGCCACUUCGCCGUCUGCCGGCUCCAGCUGGAGAAGCGCAGCUCGGGGCUCCCCGACCUGCUCCAGCCUGGCCUUCGUUGUGGGGAGAAAGCUGCCAGCACCAAGAGGAAAAAGGUCACCUUCCAGGAGCAAGUGACUGAGUACUACAUCAGCAGCGAGGAGGACAGGAAAGGGCCCUGGGAGGAGCUGGCCAGAGACAGCUGCAGGUUCCAGAAGCGGAUCCAGGAGACAGAGGAAGCCAUAGGCCACUGCCUCACCCCACAGCACAGGCACAGAGUGUGGCAGAGACUCCAGGAGUCCUCCCCCAGCAGGGCUGAGCUCUUCUAGCACCUU